ACCGCCACUGUGCUGCCUGCUACGGCGCGGAGCGGAACUUGGCGUCUUCGGUUGUUCAACAGAGGUCAAAUCUGACGAAGAUAUUUUGAGGGAACCGUUCUUUACUUGGCCCGACACAUUUGUCCUUCAUUAUGUUCUGCAGAAGCAUCACCUGGUUCACCUGUGUUUUUAUGGCAGUAGUCAUAGCUUCUCACAACAAUGACACAGGUUUCAUUACAGGAUUCGAUCCUGAAGUCACAGUUGAUCAGUUAAGAACCAACAGUCCAGAGUUGUCUACAACAACAGAACGAGCUCAGGAGGUUGAGGGGAGCACAGCUGCGGACCUGGCCACCCUGCUCGACGCCGGUGAUGGAGCCGUGGUGACGCUGGUGGCGGGUGACACGAGGCUGGUGGCGCACCGGGCCGUGCUGGCUGCCAGAAGUCCCGUGUUCCAGGAAAUGUUCCAGCACGACACGCUGGAGGCCAGCGGCGGCCGGGUCGUCAUCCCAGACGUGGAGGGCCCAGUGCUGCGCCACCUGCUGUCCUACAUGUACACCCUGCAGGCCCCCCAGCUGCCCAGCGUGGCCCCCCAGGUGCUGGCGGCAGCUGACAGCUACGGCUUGCCCCACCUGAAGGCCGCGUUCGAGCAGCAGGUGGCCGCACAGCUGUCGGUGGAGAACGCGGUUGCCACGGCUCUGCUCGCGCUGAGGCACUCCUGCCCCGUCCUGAAGCAGGCCGCCGUCACCUUCAUUAAGGCCCACACUCUCCAGGUGGUGAUGACGCAGGGCUGGGCAGACGCUACAGUCAGCCACCCACACUAUGUUGUAGAGUUAACUCGACUGAUUGCAGAGCCACCUGCACAAACCAGUACCGCAGCCACUACAGAGAGCGGGUCAGCACCCAUCACUCGCCCCCACGGCGACGAUGGCCAGGCUGCUGUCACAGCCCCACCACACGUGUCAACCUGUCACACCCCUCCACCUGACGAUGCCACUGUACGUCGGAUGCGGAUUCUUUCUCGAGAGGAGAAAGGCAGGAGGCUCAUCGAGGCAGCUCAGGAGGGGAAAAUGAAGGGGCUGAGGGCACUGCUAGCAGUGGGGGCAGACGUGGGAGCGAUGGACGGGGACAGGAGGACCGCCCUGCACUGGGCAGCGUGGGAGGGACACCUGGAAGCUGCGAGGUGUCUGCUGGAGGGUGGAGCAGAGGUGGCUGCCCGGAACGUCAGGCAGAACACACCUCUGCACUCAGCUGCAACUGCUGGCCAUACUACUGUGGUGCGACUGCUUAUGAGGUCCUCUGCUGACGCCAACGCCAAGAACCUAUGGGGGUGGACGCCGCUGCACUGGGCGGCAUAUAAAGGCCACUUACAGGUGGCAACUGUACUGCUAGAGUUUGGAGCCAACACAGAGGCUAGGGACGAUGAGGGGAAUACUCCCCGUCAGCAUGCCAGGAAGAACAACCAUCAGCGACUGGUACAGUUGCUAACAUGAAGCUUUCAGUUCUACAGCCCUAGAGAGAGAGACAACUUAAAAUAAGCAAUACAAAAAUAUUAAUUCUAUUGUGAUUCAUUUGCACCUAUCAUUUCAUAGCAUAUAUAACUGCUCUAGUAACACAAGAGAGAUGACAGGCGAUUACUGCAAACUAAUGUAAGUAACCUUUCUAGUGGAAACAGUCUGCAAAAUAUUUCUUGAGCUAGCUCUACAAAACCCAAUAGGAAUUGAAAAAUACGCCAUUCAUUACCAAUAGACGCCAGUUCCCUCUGUGAAACUCAAGGUUCUGUUGGUGCUUAUGAUGUUCAAAUAACUUACACGAAUGCAGUUAUGUGAUGUAUUCAUGAGGCACUGAUAUUUUGACAGAAGAACACAGUCAUUCUUUUUUCAGUGGCCAAUGGUAACAUGGUGACUGUCAAAGAUGUCACCUGGUUGAAUCCCUGUAAAUUGUUUGAAACAACGUCCGAUAUUAUCUGAUUAAUAAAGUCUGCAUCAACGCCGGAACUGAUGGGGAAAUGUUACAAACUUAAGCAAACAUAUCACAAAAUUAAAUACAUCACAAGAGACAUGAAUGCUACUCCACUCAAAAAGAAAAAACCCCAUAGCGCUUGUAAUGUUUCAUGGAAUUGCUAUGCAGAGAAAGGGAAUAGAUAAUAAAACAAUUUCAGCAGUCUUAGUUGCCAAGCAGGAUUUCUCCUUACUACCAAUUAUUAACUACAACCUGUCUUACAGUUGCUGAUAUAAUGGCAACGUACCAUAAACCUGUUUAAAAUUCAAAAUUUAGUUGCCAAAGUUCCAUUUUGCUUGUUGCAAAACAAUUGAAGAAGUGACCAGAAGCGGUAAUAUAAUCAAUUUAGAUUAACGUAAUAUUUUUGUGUGUACCUUUUGUCAAUAAAAUACAACUGUGCAAAGAACUUAAGUUGUAACUGAGGCAGGGGAUAGAGUUCUACUGUCAACACAACCUAGAAGAAACGUAUGUCAAACCUCGCAAACGAAAUGUGACACACAUAGGAUCGUACAGGUGAAGCAGUGAUGAAAGCGUGCAAAUGGCGGAUAUCUGUCCGAUCGUGUAUAAAUAACCGGGCUACAAGCGCAAACCUUGUACUCUUCAUAGCUUUGUGUUCGCCUCGACAAACGGAUCACGUGCUCUCUGUUGGCAACAUGCUAAUAAUAUUCCUGCAGCGUCUUACAUCUCGAAAUUACACCAUAGUCUGUUUCACAUUCUUGGUAUAUAUUACAACAAUUCCGCAAUUUUUUUCAAAUGACAACGAACACAAAAGUUGUAAUUUUUAAUUCCUCUUAUUAAACUUGAC